CUUAUCCUCGCCAUCUCAACUAGUCCUUACUAACUUCUAGCUCUUCGUUUCCCUGUCCAAAACACCUCUUUUGGAGGAAAAAGGAUUAAUCUGGGCUGUGAUUAUUGAAACCAGGAGAAUGUUGCCGCAGAGGAAUUUGUGGGUUGCGGUAUUAUUGAUUACAGGAGUUAUUGGAGCUAAUCUCUACACUUUGGAGGGUCUCCCGCGACGAGUUCUCUUGGAUACAGAUGUUGAUACUGAUGAUAUCUUUGCUCUCUUGUACCUCUUGAAGCAAAACAGGUCAGAGUUAGAGGUGGAGGCAGUCACUAUCAAUGCAAAUGCAUGGACUGAUGCGGGACAUUCUGUGAAUCAAAUCUAUGACAUUCUUUACAUGAUGGGCCGUGAUGACAUUGCUGUUGGAGUAGGAGGUGAUGGUGGGAUACUAGAAGAUGGUACAGUUCUCCCCAAUGUUGGAGGGUUUCUUCCUAUUAUUGAACAGGGGAUUUCAACUGUAGGAUAUUGUAGAUAUAGACAAGCUAUUCCUGUAGGUUCAAGAGGGCGAUUAGAUCUUGAUGCCAACUAUGGAAUCAGAAAAGCAUUCCUCCCGCAGGGGAGAAGGAAGUAUACACCUCUUGGUCAACCAACUGCUCAGCAAGUUAUGAUUGAAGAAAUAUCAGAGGGUCCCAUAACUGUAUUUCUUAUAGGAGCACAUACCAAUUUUGCAAUUUUCUUAAUGAGCAAUCCACAUCUAAAGAAAAAUAUCGAGCACAUUUAUGUCAUGGGUGGUGGUGUGAGGUCAAAGAACCCAACUGGUUGUUGUCCAAAAAAUGCUGGCAGCUCAUCUUGCGUGCCUCAGCAAUGUGGUGACCAUGGUAAUUUGUACACGGCCUAUGCAAGUAAUCCUAAUGCAGAGUUCAAUAUGUUUGGAGAUCCUUUUGCUGCAUACCAGGUUUUUCACUCUGGCAUUCCCAUCACACUUGUUCCACUGGAUGCAACGGACACUAUCCCAAUUAGUGAGAAGUUCUUUGACACAUUUGAGCAGAAUCAGAAUACGUACGAGGCACAAUACUGCUUCCAGUCAUUGAAAAUAAGUCGUGAUACAUGGUUUGGCAACCAAUUCUAUACGAGCUAUUUUAUGUGGGACUCCUUAGCAGCUGGUGUGGCCACUUCAAUCAUGCUUAACUCUCAUGACAACCAUGAUGGGGAAAAUGAAUUUGCUGAAAUGGAGUAUAUGAAUAUUACUGUAGUUACUUCAAACAAACCUUAUGGGAUGCAUGAUGGCUCUAAUCCAUUCUUUGAUGACCGCCGAGCUCCCAAGUUUAACUUAAAAAAAGGUGGAGUACAUAGUGGUCAUGUUCAGACUGGACUUCGAGAUCCUUUCUGCAUUGUGAAGAAUGGGAAGGGAAAAUGCCAGGAUGGUUAUACAGCAGAAGUAACUGGUCCGGAGGCAGUACGUGUGCUAGUUGCUACAAAAGCCAAACCUAGCCAGGAGACAAACAGUUUACUAGACACAGAAUUUUAUAAGAGCUUCUUGAGUACUCUAAACCGACCUCAACAUACUGGGAGAUUUAGUUUUAGGUCUCAAUUUCCUUACUACAAAGAAGUACUUUACAAACCAGAUUUUGGAUCUAAAACACUUGGCAAACCUGUUGUUUUUGACAUGGAUAUGAGUGCAGGAGAUUUUCUAGCUCUGUUUUACCUCCUAAAAGUACCUGUGGAAGUGAUCAACCUCAAGGCUAUAAUUGUAAGCCCAACUGGUUGGGCUAAUGCUGCUACAAUAGAUGUCAUUUAUGAUUUACUUCAUAUGAUGGGGCGUGAUGAUAUUCAAGUUGGUCUUGGAGACUUAUUUGCAAUGAAUCAGUCUGAUCCGAGCUUUUCAGCUGUUGGAGACUGCAAAUACAUUAAGGCCAUCCCACAUGGCAGUGGUGGAUUUCUUGACUCUGACACUCUCUAUGGUCUUGCUCGUACUUUGCCACGAAGCCCUAGAAGGUAUACGGCUGAGAAUUCUGUGAAAUAUGGAGCUCCUCGGGACACUGAUCACCCUGAGCGCAGACAGCCACUAGCAUUGGAAGUUUGGAAGUCUGUAGUGAAAUCACUCGACCAAGGAUCUAAGGUCACCAUACUGACCAAUGGACCCCUGACUAAUCUUGCCAAAAUUAUUUUAUCAGAGAAAAAUACUACCUCUCUUAUUCAGGAUGUUUAUAUAGUUGGAGGACACAUCUACCAUGGUCACACGAACAAAGGAAAUGUCUUUAGUGUUCCUUCCAAUGAAUAUGCAGAAUUCAAUAUGUUUCUUGACCCUGUGGCUGCAAAGACGGUCUUUGAUUCGGAACUCAAUAUCACGCUCAUUCCACUUGGCAUCCAGCGUAGCGUUGCUUCAUUUCCAAGGCUCUUAGAAAAGUUUCAGGACAUAAAAAGGACAGAUGAAGCUAAGUUCGCCCGCCGUUUGCUGACAAGGCUAUACCGCUUGCAACAAAUCGACAUUAGAUAUCAACAUAUGGAUACAUUCUUCGGGGAAAUCCUUGGUGCAGUAGCACUGGCUGGUGAUCAUUCCACUUUGAAGCCAACUUCGCGAGUGAAGCCCAUCAAAGUCUUUGCUGAAGGUGUUGAAUCCAAAGAUGGACAGACCGUGAUUGAUAAAAAACAAGGAAAAUUGGUUAAAAUAUUGAAAAAUGUUAACCCCACAGCGUAUUACCAUCUAUUUGCAAAUCAGCUUGGAAAUUCGAAGCAGUCUGCUGUGAUAGGAAGUUUUGAUGACCAGAGAAGAAUGUGGAGUACACCAUCAACAUAACCUGAGUUUUCUUCAAGGCGAUGGGUUAAUUAUUCUUUGACAACAGGAAUUUUUUUUCGUCUUCUUGAUAUACAGCUGCUUCGCAGUUUCACAUAUACAAAAAAAUAAAAUAAAAUAAACAGCAUUUCCAUUUGUA